GAGAGAGAGAAAAAAAAAAAGGACUCUUUCAGGUAACUUGAGAGAGCGAGAGAGAGAGAGAGGAGUUGAAUGGUUUGUGAGACGGGCGAAAAAAGAGGAGGCAUAAUCAUAAUGUGCAGGCAAACGUCUCCCACCACCACCACCUAUAUUUCCCCCUUUCAGGGGAAACACCGUCAGUCCCACUCUCAGUCUAAAUUCAUGGAGCUUGAACCCUACGACCUCCAUAGAUGGCCUUCGUCUUCAGAGGUGAAAGAGGAGCUCAAGGCCAUAUUCAAAAUCUCUGGACCGACUGUCCUAACCGGCCUCCUCCUCUACUCAAGGGCCAUGAUAUCAAUGCUUUUCCUCGGCUUUCUCGGGGAGCUUGAGCUCUCGGGCGGGGCUCUUGCGAUUGGGUUCGCGAACAUUACAGGCUACUCUGUCAUGUCCGGCCUCGCGAUGGGAAUGGAACCCAUUUGCGCCCAGGCCUUUGGUGCCAAACAGUACAAGCUCAUGGGCCUCGCUCUGCAACGAACCAUCCUCCUCCUCCUCACUUCGUCGCUUCCCAUCUCUGUGUUCUGGUUCAAUAUGAAAAAGAUUUUGUUAUUGUGUGGCCAAGAUGAAGCUAUCUCAUCCAUGGCCAAUACCUUCAUUCUCUUCUCUCUCCCUGAUCUCGUCUCUCUCUCUUUCCUCCACCCUCUGAGAAACUAUCUCAGGACGCAAAACAUCACCCUGCCAUUAACAUACUGCUCGGCAAUCUCUGUCCUCCUCCAUAUCCCUGUAAAUUUCCUUCUCGUAACUUGCUUGAAAAUGGGUAUUGGUGGUGUGGCCCUUGCAUCUGUCUGGACAAACUUUAUCUUGGUUUUGUUACUUCUCUUUUAUCUGCUUGUUUCUGGUGCAUAUAAGUCGUCAUGGGCGUCACCGAGUACCGACUGCUUUCGCGGGUGGGGCACUCUGAUGGGCCUAGCAUUGCCCACCUGUAUAUCUGUUUGCCUUGAGUGGUGGUGGUAUGAGCUGAUGAUCAUUCUCUGUGGCCUCUUUGUCAAUCCGAGAGCAACUGUGGCUUCCAUGGGCAUUAUGAUUCAGACGACAGCGCUUGUCUAUGUCUUUCCAUCUGCUCUUAGUCUUGGGGUGUCGGCCCGUGUUGGACACGAGCUCGGAGCGGACCGCCCGUCACACGCCCGCAUCUCAAUGCUCGUUGGGCUCACCUUUGCUGGCUUCAUGGGAGUAAUGGCCAUGGGUUUUGCUUUCUCGGUGAGACAUUGGUGGGGUCGAAUGUUCAGCACUGAUCCUGAGGUUUUGAAGCUAACAGCCAUGGUUUUGCCUAUCGCGGGGCUCUGCGAGCUCGGGAACUGCCCCCAGACCACCGGGUGCGGGGUCCUGAGGGGGAGCGCGAGGCCAGCUGCAGGAGCCAAUAUUAAUUUGUGUUGCUUCUACUGUGUGGGUUUGCCUGUGGCUUUGGCAUUAGGGUUUUGGAUGAAGUUUGAGUUUCUGGGGCUGUGGGUGGGGCUGUUGGCCGCGCAGGGCUGCUGCGCAGUGGUGAUGCUCUUUGUUUUGGCGAGGACCGAUUGGGUGGCGCAGGUGGACAAGGCGAGAAGGCUCACGGACUCGAAGCCGGUGGCGGUCUGCGAUCACGACGGGUCCAAGGAUACUGAACCUCUGAUUCUCUCUCCCCCUCCUGGCCUUGUUUGAUCUCUUGAGACUGUAAUUUCUUUCUUCUGCUUCCUUCUAACAGUUGGGUGGAUACAGAGAGGUUCUUGGCCAUUACCAUUGCUUCAAAAUCAAUUCCAUUUGAAUAUAUCCUAUUCUCUUCUGAAAA